GGGACAAGGUUCUCCGGGUUAACAUGAACAACGUUACGCAAACCAACUGUGAGAGUGACACCAUGACCCUGGAGCCAACCAGGGUGUCCAGCUGCCUUUCCCGUGGCAAGUCAGAGCAUUACGACUGCCACAACCACAUCCGGGUGAUCCAGCCCAUGUCCAACAACCGUCUGUACAUAUGUGGCACCAACGCUCACAACCCAAAGGACUGGGUCAUCUACAGCAACCUAACCCACUUGGCCCGCCGUGAGCACGUGCCAGGGAUUGGAAAUGGAGUGGCUAGGUGUCCCUUCGACCCUUCAGACAACAGUACAGCGGUCUGGGUGGAGCACGGCAAUCCAGGGGGCCUUCCUGGUCUGUACUCAGGCACAGUGGCCGAAUUCACCAAGGCAGACACUGUUAUCUUCCGUGCUGACCUCUUUAACUACACCACCAAGAGGCACGAGUACCCCUUCAAGAGGACCAUCAAAUAUGACUCCAAGUGGCUGGAUAAACCAAACUUCGUGGGUUCCUAUGAGGUUGGGGAGUAUGUGAUGUUCUUCUUCCGGGAGACUGCUGUUGAGUACAUCAACUGUGGCAAGAACGUGUACUCCCGAGUUGCUCGUGUAUGCAAGAAGGACACAGGUGGCAAGAACAUCCUGACUCAGAACUGGGCCACUUACCUCAAGGCUCGCCUCAACUGCUCCAUCCCCGGGGAGUUUCCCUUCUACUUCAACGAGAUCCAGUCAGUGUACAAGAUCCCUGGUGAUGAUUCGCGCUUCUAUGCUGUCUUCACCACCAGCAUGAAUGGCCUCAUGGGGUCAGCCAUCUGCACCUUCAGUCUUUAUGAUAUCCAGGAUGCCUUUUUGGGUCGAUUCAAGGAGCAGGCAACCUCCUCAUCUGCCUGGCUGCCCGUCCUCAUCUCUAAGGUCCCUGAGCCUCGGCCUGGCCAGUGCGUCAACGACACUCAGACUCUCCCAGAUAAUGUGUUGACCUUCCUGCAGUCACACCCUCUCAUGGACGAGGCUGUAGCUCAUGAGCACAACAAGCCAGUCUUUUUCAAGCGGGACCUGAUUUUCACACAUCUAGUAGUGGAUAAGGUGACAGGAGGAACCUAUGGCCAAGAAAAUGUCUAUACAGUGUACUAUGCAGGAUCCUUGGAAGGACGAGUCUACAAGGUGGUGGAGUGGAUGGAUGAGAAUGAAGAGUCACACUCAGAGCUGCUGGAUGUGUAUGAGGUCACCACACCGGAACCCAUCAGAGCCAUACAGAUCUCAAUAAAGCACAAGUCACUGUAUGUAUCCUCCGACAUGCGAGUGCGUCAGGUGGACCUGUUCAUGUGUCAUGGCCGCUACGACAACUGCCUGCGCUGCUCCCAUGACCCAUAUUGUGGCUGGGACAAGGAUGCCAACAUGUGCAAGCCUUACAAACCUGGGCUGCUGCAAGAUGUGACUGGCUCCACACCAGGCCUCUGUGAUGCUUGCAUUGCCAAGAAGAAGAUGGUGGUGACAUGGGGGCAGAGCAUCCACCUGGGUUGUGCCGUCAAGCUGCCACGCCCCAUCUCGCUGAAGGACAUCACCUGGCACCACUACUCCAAGGACAAGGGCAAAUAUCAGAUCAGAUACAGACCUGACAAGUAUAUAGAGACUUCAGAACAUGGACUGGUUGUGAUGAACGUGAAUGAAGCAGAUGCUGGGCGGUAUGACUGUAAGAUGGGUGGAGACAUUGUGUGCUCAUACAACAUCACAGUGGAUGCCCAUCGAUGCUCAGCUCCAGCUCGGACCAAUGACUUCCAGAAGGUGUACAGCGACUGGUGUCAUGAAUUUGAAAAGUACAAGCUAGCAAUGAAGACUUGGGAGAGGAAACAAGCACAAUGUGCCAGCAGGAACAACAUCAGCCACCAGAACAGCCAUCCCAAUGACAUUUAUGCAAGGAGUAACCCAUUUGUCUGAUCACUUUAGAGAUGAACUAAACUCCACAACAACAGAUCAAGUGAGGGAGCAGUUGCUUGCUCCCUUUCCUAUUGGUGGUCAAGAUCUUGCCUGUUUAAACUGAUGAUGCAUUAGUAUCAUGUGAUUCCUCAAACAUAAUUGUACUGCUCAGAAAAAAAAAUUGUUGCAGCAGACAGACAUUACCUUCAAGGUAGUUUUCAUUUCUGACAUUGUGGGUGAAAGACAAGGAAUGAUUGGAACUUAUAUGAUAUGAGGAGACAAUUAUAGUUGGUGACUUGUAACACAGUGUGACAAGAACUGGCAGUCAUUGAUGGUGCCACCAGCAGAAAGGUGCUAAUACUGUUAGGUGCCAGCAGUGCGUGUGUAACAACCAACAAGGAAAACAGAAGGUGAAAGAGAGUAACGAACAGGCAACUUGACCCAAAUACUCCAGUAACAAUCAGGGUACCAUUAGUUAUGAUAUUUAUUGAUUUUCUUUUGCCACACCUGACAAGAGGUUUUGGAUGUGAAAAGUUGUUUCUUAAUACUUUCCUUGCUCCUGGAUGACUGCCUGUGGGCAUUAUGGUAUCUGCAUUUCAAAAGGUAUGAGUGAACAGUGAUUCCUAGAACUUCAGAACUUUAAGAUUGAAGAGUGGACCUCCUUGGUUUGAACUUCCAAACAUAUCUUAAAAAUGAGGCCAUUGUCUCCUAUUAUUGUGUAAAAAAGAUUGGCAUUUAUUAAGACUCCCAAAUGAUGGACAUGGUGCAUUUAAUGGCAAAGAAGGUUCCUGGUAGGGUGUUAGCUUGAAAUUGUUUCUACUGGGGGUAAGGAAAUUUUUUUAUUUUCAUUAUCUGAGGCAAAAAGAAGUCUUGUCUGUAUUUCAUUAUACUUGAGUUGGCCUGAUCAGUAUAUAUAUAUAUAUAUAUAUAUAUAUAUAUAUAUAUAUAUAUAUAUAUAUAUAUAUAUAUAUAUAUAUAUAUAUAUAUAUAUAUAUAUAUAUAUAUGUAUAUAGGUAGAUCAUUCCCAGGUUGUAUGAUGCAAGCUUUCAUUACUCCCCUAAUUCUAAUGUUUUGUUAAGCAUAUUCUAAACUACCUCUGCCUUUUUCUUAUUGUUGAUAAGAGAAAUGUAAUGAAGGACUAUUAUAACUAGUAUCAGGAAAACUCCAUCCACAUACAUCAAUAUUUAGCCGGUCCUCAGAGGAAGAAUAGGAUCACUGGAAGGGAAGCAUAAUGUGAGGAAUGUUUGUUGAACAAAAACCAUAUUGAUAGAAUUUCACAAAUGUUUGUAUGUAAGAGGGGGAUGAAAGGAAAAUUUGAAGAAUUAGAUUGCUUUGGAGUAAUGUAGAGUGACGUGUGGACAAAUUCUUCUUUUAUACAGCUAAUUUUUAGACUUGUAAUAUACACAUACAUGGUGGGACAUUCUCUCAAGGUGAUCAUGUUGUCUCAAGUUAUAUUCUUGCAUAAGUUAGGAAGUACAUUCAUGAAAUACUUUCCAUUUGUUUAGUUAAACCAAUCAUUUUAUUCAGGUGGUAUUUUCAGUAGACAGUGGAGAGAAUUACAGCGAUUAUUGCUGCUCCCCUUCUGAGAAUGUUCCAUUUUACAUGCCGAUCCACGCUAACAUUUUCGUUUUCUGUCCUGUGAUACGCGCCAAUUUUGUAAGACUCUUACAUAAUAAUAUUGCUCCAUAUAAGCAGGUUAGUAACACUUUGGUGUAAUUAUUGAAUUAUAAAUAUGUGUGUACAUGGUGUUGAUUUCAUUAGAAAGCAUCAGUUUAUGUAUGACCUGCAUUAUUUUUAAUUCUCAUAAAUGUGUCAUAAGUUCAGAGUCUACAAAAUAUAUAAAGACUUUGGAUUUUACUUAAUGGAGUCUGCACUAAGAGCCUCUGGGCUACAGGUCAGUGAUGUUAUGUAAAGUAGAUGCUCUAAUACCAUCCAUGGAUGCUAUGUGCACUGAAUAUUACUUGCACUGGCAUUGGCCCUUCUAGCAAGGAAACCAAUAUUUCAUUAUGCUUGCUUAGGUUGUGAAUGGUUGGCUGCAGACUGAAUGUGCAACUUAUGGUGUUCAGGUCAUCUGAAUGCUGACUGUUAUGUUAAGGGACAUUAUUUCUAUCAGUAAGUUAAAAAAAACAGUAUUCUUAAUUUACAUUAAUUUUGAAGUGCCUGAUUUUCAUCUGCAGCUGUACUUCUCAUCUUAAUUAAACUUAUAAGUUAGAUUUCCUCUUUGCUUUAGACUGUAUUCAUGUUGCUUUUCUUUGAAUAUUAAUUCAUUUCAGAAUAUUUAAAAAAACAUGAGAAAUUGAGGUUUUAAAACAUUUGCUUGUAAGCUAUGAUCUAGGAAUUUGUAAUGUGAAAUAUUCCUGUACAAUAAAAAUUCUUUUAUA